UAGGUAUUCUUUUGCUUCGAGCCUCGCGCGCAAAUUUCUUCUGUCAAAAUUGUUUAUUGUGAGGUUACAUUUUUCACGGAACUUAUGUAGAGAAUUUAAAAUAUAUUUUUUGGAAUAAAUAUGAUUAGCAUGUUUACUUAUCAAAUGUCACAGAAAUGAGUUACAACUGCGAUUUGUAAACAACCAACUAGUUUUUGUGUUAGUGUCAAAAAGUACGCGAAUAUUUUGUGAUCAAGAUUUUUGCAUAAUGUUAUCGCAUGAUGUAUGAAGAUGGUGACAUUACUUGUACUCCAAAACGAUAUGUUCUCUCCGAGGUCACCAAUUCGUCAAGCUAUGUGUCGCCUACUGCCAACCUGAAGCUGCUGACUAAUGUCGCGUUGCAGUAUCCCACGCCGCCACCCAGUACAGUUCACAGGAAGGAAAAAUCACUUCAAAUACUCUGUGACAGGUUCCUUCAACUGUAUCCUUUGCAUGGAAAUGGCUCUGUGGAAAUACAACUGGACAGCACUGCAACCCGAUUAGGUGUGGAAAAGCGUAGGAUGUACGACAUAAUAAACAUAUUGGAAGCAAUGCAGUGUGCAGUACACAAGAGGAAGAACACAUACCUAUGGCAUGGUGGCUCUCGAUUAAAUUCAUUUCUGAAGAUGCUGAAAAAGCAAGGAGAGCACAUGAGGUUGUCUGAGGCACUACGAGGAGGGGCCCCAAAGCCACUCACACCUAAACACAAGACAUUGGGCAUUCUCGCUCAGAGAUUCCUCAUGUUGUUCCUAGUGGAACCACCUGACACCCUAAUAAAUUUAGAAAUGGCUGUGAGAGUACUCAUUGACACAUCAACUAAAAACAAAACAGCUCUCUCCCCUGAUCAACAGGAUCGCCAACACAAGUCUAAAGUGAGGCGUCUUUAUGAUAUUGCUAAUGUAUUUAUUUCCAUUGGUCUCAUAGAAAAAGUAUCUGGUAAUUUAAUAUUGAAGAAACCUGUUUUUAAAUAUGUUGGGCCAUACACAAUGAAAAUUAAUAAGGUGCCUUCGAUUCCAUCCCCUAUCACCCCACUGUCCACCACAGACAGCCAGCAGAGGACACCCACAUUUCAUGUGUUUGCGGGCAAGUCAAAAAGGAAGCUGGAAUUCACAACUCCAGUUUCCACCAAAGAACUGAAACUUGGAAUCACAACCCCACCAACCACUCCAUCACACAAAUGGGAUGAGAUCCUUCUUGUGGCUGAUAUGGAACUGACUAGAAUUAACAAAGGAGUUGUGUUGUGACUAUUUAAUGUAAUAUAUCAAAUAAUAUUUUUGCAUAAGUGAAUUUGCCAACAGUUUAGUCUUCCAGGGGAGGUAUGUUAAUUUCUCUUAAACCAUGGUUUAAAGUCAAGUUAUAUAAACUGCUUUUUGUAAGACAGUAUAAAGUUUAGAAUUUAACAUGUUCCUAUAUUAUAAUUUUAUCCAAUUGUUUGUAUUAUAUAGCUGAGAUUUAUAUGUUGCAGGCCGUGCAAUCACUAUAUACUUGUAUAUUGAUGAGAAAAUUUGUGUUUUUCAUGUUAUAAAUGAUUAUGUAAAGGUGUAUUUUACUUAAAUAGUUUGUUGUGACAUUGGCAUUAUUUAUCUUGAUUUAUCGAAAAAUGGAUUUUUUGCAUGUUAGUAAAGACAACACAUUUUAAAUGAACAUAUUGUUGUCUUUACUUCCAUUGCUUUUAUUAAGUAAUUACUAAAAGUACGAGAGUUUAGACUGGUGUUUCAUUAUAUUUCACUUUAUUUAUAAAUUAGAAUAUAUUUUGCCCCUGGGAGCCCUGGGACUGAUAUAAACAUGCAAUACUUGCAUCUUAGUACACAUUUGAUGUUAUUUUUAAUAAUGUUUAUGAGUUAUGUUUUAACAAAAUGUGUAAUGAACUGAAUUAUAGCAGUGUUUCUUUGCAGUUGACACUUGCACUUUUAGUAUAAAAUGCUUUUUUAUUUCUACCUGUUUUAGACAUACCAAUAUUAAACUAAAUGAAAUUAUUUA